AUAGUCACGCCCUGUUAUUGGCAAUUCCAUAUAAAAGUAAACUUCAGUAGUUUACCGUUACACGAAAAGAUCAAAAAGGGAGUACAUACAAUUAACUUUUAUAUUAUUGGCAUUAACUUUACAGAAACAGAAGAGGAGUAGAACUUUGGCAUAAUUCGAACCAUAUUCCGGGGCACAGAAUGAAUUUAUCGACUACCUUUCUGGCCAUUACAUAUUUAAUUGUAAGAACAUUUGCCAAUGGAACAGGAUUUGAACAAAGCGAUAGCGAAGAUGCAGAUCUUGCGCAUACUAUAAGGAUGCGUAGUGCGCAUAUACCACGGUUUGUUGGUAAACGGACGAUGGGCGAGGACGAAGUCGAAAAGUUACUUAUAAAACAACAAGAAGAAAAUGAUGAUCAAGAAAAUGAACAAAAAUUCUUAUUAGAUUUGCUCAAAAGUUAUGAUGAUAGUUUGUCUGAAUCGCAACACCUUUCGGGGGAUUUUAAUACACAGACUGAUGAAGAUUCAAAUUCAGAUUUAUCAGCAUUUGAGAGAGAUGUAAAAUGGGCUCCUAGAUUUGUUGGCAAACGGCGGUCGCCUAUGUUUGUUGGCAGACGGCGAGCACCUUUAUUUAUUGGAAAGCGCUACGCACCAAGAUUUGUCGGCAAGCGAGGAGCACCAAUGUUUGUAGGAAGGAGAGGAUCGCCUAUGUUUGUAGGACGGCGCGAUUCACCACUGUUUGUUGGCAAAAGAGAAAAUGCUCGACCAGCUGAUACUAGUUAUUAUGUUGGAGGAAAAAGAUGAUCUAGGCGAUUCUGACGCCGUAGACCGAGCUCUCCAAAUUUCUGCUAAUCUCCUCACCACACCCGAUAAUGACUCGCCUCCGUUAGACAUUCCAUAUCUUUCUAGUGUCAAGUAUCUGGAAAAUGGCAGACUACCAAGUAUUCAAUCAUUAGCUUUUACGGAUCCCGGUCAGAACGAUGAAAAAGAAGAAUUAAAAAAAUAUUUUGAGUUUUUAAGGAAAAAAGACAAAAAAUAUGCAGAGUUUAUUGGUAAAAGAUCUAGAAUGAGCUGGAAACCCUUUCAAAGUGACGUCGGUGAAAAGCGCGGUAUGGAAUUCAUUGGCAAAAGAUAUAUGGAAUUCUUAGGAAAACGCAACAUUAUUCCUUUAGAUAAACGAUACAUGGAAUUUCUUGGGAAACGCGCUAUGGAAUUUUUGGGUAAACGCACAAUGGAAUUUCUCGGUAAACGUUACCCUUCUUACAGAUAUGGAAAAUUACAACAAAGACGCCGCGGAGAUUGGAUUGGCUAAAUAUUCAUCGUUUGUUAACUAAACGUUUAAGUAGCUAAAUAUGGGUCCGGUUAUAUCCGAAAGUUCUAGAUAUUAUUGCUUUUGUAAAUAUUUCCCAUCCAAUCAUAUCUCAUUAUGCAUUCAGAUUUUAUUUUAAUGUUCUUUUUUGCGUUGUAUCGUGUAAAUAUUGCUUCAUAGUUUGUUAAUAAUGUUUCGGGUGCGACGAGUGAGAAUAAAAAGCUAAAUUUGGA